AGUCUUGAGCCCCCAGUUCCUGAGAGAAGAACCCUGAGGAACAGACGUUCCCGGCGGCCCUGGCACCUCCAACCCCGGACGUGCUGCUGCUGCUGCUGCUCCUGCUCUGGGGGAGGGAGAGGGUGGAGGGACAGGGACAACGGCGGGCAUGGUUACGCGCUGCAAGUGCAGAGGGAGGUGACAGUGCAGGAGGGCCUGUGCGUCGAUGUGCCCUGCUCCUUCUCCCACCCCAAGACUGACUCUCCAGAAGUUCAUGGCUACUGGUUCCAGCAAGGGGCUAACACAGCCCAGGACGCUCCAGCGGCCACGAACAACCUAAAACGACAAGUGAAGAAGGAGAUCCAGGGCCGAUCGGCCUCUGGAAACCCGCAGAUGAACAACUGCUCCCUGAGCAUCAGAGACGCCAGGAGGAAGGACCAGGGGUUAUUUUUCUUUCGCAUUGAGAGAGGACACGUGAAAUGGAACUACGUAUCCAACCAGCUCCACGUGUUGGUGACGGUCCUGACCCACAGGCCCAGUAUCUCCACCCUGGGGACCAUGGAGUCUGGCCGCCCCGGAAACCUGGCCUGCUCUGUGCCCUGGGCCUGUAAGCAGGGGGUGCCCCCUACCAUAUCCUGGAUGGGGACCUCCGUGUCCUCCCCAGGCCUCACCACAACCCGCUCCUCAGUGCUCACCCUCAUCCCAGAGCCCCAGGACCACGGCCCCAACCUCACCUGUCAGGUGACCUUGCCUGGGAUGGAUGCGACCAUGACCAGGACCAUCCAACUCAAUGUGUCCUACCCUCUUCAGAACUUGACCGUGACUGUCUUCCAAGUGAAUGGCACAGCAUCCACAGCCUGGGACAGCUCAUCCCACUCAGUCCGGGAGGGCCAGUCUCUGCGCCUGGUCUGUGCUGUCGACAGCAAUCCCCCUGCCAGGCUGAGCUGGACCCGAGGGAGCCUGACCCUGAGUCCCUCACAGUCCUCGAACCCUGGGCUGCUGGAGCUGCCUCAAGUGCACAUGAAGGAUGAAGGGGAAUUCACCUGCUGAGCUCAGAACCCUCGGGGCUCCCAGCACAUUUCCCUGAGCCUCUCCCUGCAGAAUGAGGGCACAGGCACCACAUGGCCUGUAUCAGGAGUGAUGCUGUGGGCGGUCGGGGGAGCUGGAGCCACAGCCCUGGCCUUCCUGUCCUUCUGUGUCAUCUUCAUGGUAGUGAGGUCCUGCAGGAAGAAAUCGGCAAGGCCAGCAGCGGGCAUCGGGGAUAUGGGCAUGAAGGAUGCAAACGCCAUCAGGGGCUCAGCCUGUCAGGUGAGCAAUGUGGGCGUCUCCACACCCAGCAUUCAGCCUGGACACCUCCCACAGGAUGGCCUCCAGGAUUGCUCAACUAGUCAUGGCCAAAGUUAUCUCCUCAUCUCCUCCUCCUACCUACAAGCCGGCUUCUCCUGCAGGAUUCCCCAUCUUGCUGACAGCAUGGCAGCCCCUCCCAGACCAGGCAUGGAGGAGAGUUGCCUCCUCUCUGUCCUCCCUGUCUUCCUCUACAGCUGAAAAUUCACCAUAUCUUGUCAAUUUGCCCCACAAAGGACAGCUAGCAUCACCCCCGCCCAUCCUGACCCUCUCAUUGCUGAGGCCUCAGGAUCUUUUCCCUGGACCUUGUCACCUCCCUACUUCUCACCUCCCCUUCCCUAUCUGGAGGGACCAUCUGGAAGGCAUCACUGCCCAGUUCUUCUGCAUUUGGACAGCUGUCCUCCACCCCCAUUGUCUAGAUCAGAGGCCAGCAAACAUUUUCUGAAAGGCCAGAUGGUAAAUAUUUUUGGCUUUGUGGACUAUACAGUUGUUGUUGCAGCUACUCAGCUCUGCUACUGUAGAAUGAAAUUAGCCAUAGACCACGUGUUAAUGGUGAGUUGGACUGUGUUCCAAUAAAACUUUAUUGACAAAACAAGCAGUGGGCCAGAUUCAAUGCAAGGGCUGUAGUUUGCCAACCCCUGAUAAAGCCCAAACUCCUCAGCCUGGAGCCCUGCACAUUCUGGCCUGUUAGGUACCCACCUUUCCAGGAGGGCCAGAGUUAGGAUGAGAAGAAUGAGGCACUUGCUUUGAAUGCAACAUUUAAGGGAACGCCAAAAAUCUCAGUAAUUGAGAAAAACAAAGUUACAUGCAUUGUUUUUUAAAACAUCAAAAUUAAAUUUAAAAAACCAAUGAUAAGCCAAUAUCAAGAUUUUAAAUAAUGACAGGUUCAAUAAACUGAAGUGGCCAGGCGUGGUGGCUCACACCUAUAAUCCCAGCACUUUAGGAGGUUGA